GUAUUAUUGACCUACAAAAUGGAGCGCCAAGUGUGAUGUUUGUGCCUCAGAUGGACCAGUCGGAGACUUCUGAUAUACAUUUAAAGUUACUAUUAAUAGGCGAUAUGAAUGUUGGGAAAAGCAGCCUUCUCUUCCGGUACAUCGAUGACGGUUUCAGUGAUACCUAUAUGAGUACAAUUGGAGUAGACUUUAAAGUAAAAACAGUCAUGAUUGGCAAUACAAGAGUAAAGCUACAAAUUUGGGAUACAGCUGGACAGGAGAGAUUUCGUACUAUAACAUCAACAUAUUAUCGUGGUGCUCAUGGAAUUAUCAUUGUAUAUGAUGUCAAUGAUGUGAAAACAUUUUGUAAUGUAGAAAAAUGGGUAAAAGAGGCACAAACUUACGCUGAUGAAGGAGUAGCACGAAUACUAGUCGGUAAUAAAAACGAAAGUGAAGAAUUAAAAACUGUAGCCACUUGUGAUGCUCAACGUUUAGCAGCUAAAAAUUCAUGUCUUUUUAUUGAAACAUCUGCUAAAAAUGAUGAAAAUGUUGAUCAGAUGUUUUACAUUAUUACAAGAGAAGCUUUACGUUUGCGAUUAAAUGCUGUACAAAAACAACAAGAAGCUCAACAGACCGUAGUUCAACUGACACCUAUCUCCGGAUUAAAAUCAAAGCAUAAACCGAAAUGCUGUAAAGGAUAACUUCUUUUUCUGUCUAUCUAUGUCUUUCUUUUUAAUCAAAUAAUUUGUUUAUUGUUAUUCACUUAUCUAUUAUCAUGAUCCGGUUGUAUUGCGACAGAAAAUACCGCUGUUACAACAAUACCUGCCGGUACUACUCACACUACUACUAUCUCAGUUUAUUCAUUAUAAUUUUUUGUAUAAAAAAAAUAAAACUGAAUGAACAUGUAGGUGAGUGAGUGUGAACGGUAAGUGCUGUCGAAAGAAUGAUAUCUACUGUUCUAUUUUUUCUGUCUCUUUCACUAUUUUUUCUCCAUUACAAAGUUGUUGUCCUCGAUUAGUGUGAAUCUCAGACUAUUGGAUGCGUCGAUUCCUGCUGAUGGCAGGAAAACUCAAGCACAACAAUACUUUUCUUUGGUUAUUUCGUGUUUUUUUUAACAAAUUUAUUUUGUAAUUUUUUUCCUUUUAAUUCAAUGAUUUUUAUAUGAUUAUUAAAAUUAACAAUUUAUUGCUCAAUAAUUCAAAUUCAUUCGUUACAUAAAAGUAUAUUUAUAUGAGUAUCACAGUAUAUGUCCAUUGUUAGAGAUAAUUACGGAAUAAUUAGUCGACGAUUAUUUAACAAAUGGUUAUUUUAUUAAUAAUUUUAGUGCAUUUUUAUUCUGUUGUUAAUCUGUUAUGAUGAUAAUAGUGUUGGUUAGUGAGGAUGAUAUUUAUUUAAGGAGAACAAAGCAAAUCAACUAAUCUUUAUUUCAUGUAUAGACUAUUCCGUAUUAUUAUUAUUAUUAUUAUUAUUAUUAUUAUUAUUAUUAUUAUUACUAUUGGUAUGCAUGCUAUGAUUUAGUAUAUAUUUCCUUCUUUUCUAUGGAAUUUAAUUGAACCGAUGAUUUUGCUUUGUUAGUUAAUAAUCUAUUCUGCUGAUGCCUUUCUCUGUUUUUUUUAAAAAAAAAUAUCUAUUUAUGAAAAAAGACCAUUAAUUUACAUAAUGAAAAUGAUUUAUUAUUUGUUAUAUAAUUUCAAUAUAUUACGAUAUUCAUUUGUAUUUACUUUUCUUGAUUAAAACGAACGGACAAGCAUUGAAAAAGUAUCAGUUAUACUCUUUAUAUGUAUACUAAUGUAUUUGUGUAAAGUUUAUGGAUCAAAGUUAAUAGUAUUUUCUGAAUGUUAUACAUCGGAUGUAUAAUUAAGUAAGGAAAUUGUUCCUUCACAAAUUGAAGAAAAUAAUGAGUUUAUAGUUUGUAUAUUAUGAUCAGGAUAUCAGUUUUGCGUAAUUUUAACUUCAUUUUUGUAACACUUGAUCAUCAGGAUUAUAAUGAAUUGUCACUACUGGUGUUUAUAGAUGAUUGUGAUAAAUAAUUUAAGCACUUUUCGCAGUUGAAUCAGUUUCAUAACUGAUAAAAUUGACUCAUAUUUAAUUCCAACCAUACUGUUAGCGGGACAUAGACUGGAUUAAAGCAUGCUCAAUGCACGAUUGCUUUGGCGCACGCUGAUUGGCUGAUUCUUAUCCAAUCAGUACUAGUCGAUAGUUGGAGAAUACUCUAGAAUCUUCUCAUGUAAAAACUAUAAGUAUACUAACGUUUUCUCUAUUGUGCA